AUGUGCUUCAAAUGGCUCUGCCGUGAGUGCAAACAAGACAAAUACGACUAUUGCAAAGAGUAUCUCUACGAUGGAGGCGAGUGGUGCGACGUCAUUAUCGAGAUCCCAUGGGACGAAAAGCACCAGAGAUGCGUGACCUGCAUGACCAUUCGUGGCGCGAUCAACAGACUCAACGCCAUGGUGGAGUGGGAACCAUGGUGGGUCACUCAUGGCAAGGCCGGCGAGCCAGAGAAACCCGCUUGGGAGCUGGAGGCAGAGCUGGAGGCAAAGAAGGAGGCAGAGAAGGAGGGUAUCUACGACAGCGAGGGAGAGGAUUCCGAUGGUUACACCAAGGCUGAGCGCAAGGAGAUCCGGGUCAAGGCACAAGAAGCCGUGGCCAAGCGAUGGGAGGCUUUGAAGCAGGAGCAGGUCGAGAAGGACAACGUGGCUGUCGAAGUGUUUACUCCAGAGACCGACAGCGAGUCAAAGUAA